CGGCGGCGGCGCUUUGCGGCCCGGCCAUGGCGGAGGGAGAGCGGGCGGGGAGCGGCGGCGGCGCCGGCCCCGGGCGGCCCCCGAGCCCCGCCGACCUCGAGCGGGCGGAGGAGCUGAAGGCCCGCGCCAACGAGUUCUUCAAAGCCAAGGACUACGAGAGCGCGGUGCGUCUGUACAGCAGCGCCAUCGAGCUGAACCCGUCGAGCGCGGUGUUCUACGGGAACCGCAGCCUGGCCUACCUGCGCACCGAGUGCUACGGCUACGCCCUGGCCGACGCCAGCCGCGCCCUGCAGCUGGACCCCGCCUACCUGAAGGGGUAUUACCGGAGAGCCGCCAGCAACAUGGCCCUGGGCAAGUUCAAAGCAGCCCUGAAGGACUAUGAGAUGGUGGUGAAGGUGAGGCCCCACGACAAGGACGCCAAGCUCAAGUUCCAGGAGUGUCACCGCAUUGUCAAGCAGAAAGCUUUCGAGAGAGCCAUCGCCAGUGACGAGCACAAACGCUCCGUGGUCGACUCGCUGGACAUCGAGAGCAUGACCAUCGAGGAUGAGUACAGUGGUCCCAAGCUGGAGGAAGGCAAGGUCACCUUGUCCUUCAUGAAGGAGCUGAUGCAGUGGUACAAGGAGCAGAAGAAGCUGCACAGGAAAUGCGCUUAUCAGAUCCUGGUGCAGGUGAAGGAGGUGCUGGCCAAGCUCCCAACCCUGGUGGAGACCACCCUGAAGGAGACAGAGAAGGUGACGGUGUGUGGCGACACCCACGGACAGUUCUACGACCUCCUGAACAUCUUCGAGCUCAACGGGCUCCCCUCCGAGUCCAACCCUUACAUUUUCAACGGGGACUUCGUGGACCGCGGCUCCUUCUCGGUCGAGGUCAUCCUGACGCUCUUCGGCUUCAAGCUGCUCUACCCCGACCACUUCCACCUGCUCCGAGGGAACCACGAGACAGACAACAUGAACCAGAUGUACGGCUUUGAGGGCGAGGUGAAGGCCAAGUACACGGCUCAGAUGUUCGCGCUCUUCAGCGAGGUCUUCGAGUGGCUCCCGCUGGCCCAGUGCAUCAACGGCAAAGUGCUGAUCAUGCACGGGGGUCUCUUCAGCGAGGACGGCGUCACCCUCGAUGACAUCCGCAAGAUCGAGCGGAACCGGCAGCCCCCAGACUCAGGGCCGAUGUGUGACCUGCUGUGGUCGGACCCCCAACCCCAGAACGGCCGCUCAGUGAGCAAGAGGGGGGUCAGCUGCCAGUUUGGCCCCGAUGUCACCAAUCGCUUCCUGGAGCGGAACCACCUGGAGCUCAUCAUCCGCAGCCACGAGGUCAAGCCCGAGGGCUACGAGGUGGCCCACGAUGGCCGCUGUGUCACCGUCUUCUCCGCCCCCAACUACUGUGACCAGAUGGGCAACAAGGGCUCCUACAUCCACCUGCGGGGCAGCGACCUCCGCCCCGACUUCCACCAGUUCACAGCAGUGCCUCACCCCAACGUCAAGCCCAUGAUGUACGCGAACACCCUCCUGCAGCUGGGCAUGAUGUGACGACCCCUCCCCAAAUAACGACCCCCAGGACCCCCCCAGGACCCCCCCAGGACCCCCCAGGGGGGUUUUAAUCUAUUGGAAAGAUUGUAUUUAUUCCCCUCCCCCACCCCAGUGCUCCCAGUGCUCCCAGUUUGGGGCUGGGG